CUUGGCCUGCCACAACAACACAGGAAGAGCGUGAGCGUCUGUCUGUAAAACAAAUAAAUAGCAGCUUCGUGGUGUCAGUGUGCUCAGUCCUGGACAUGUAUUAUCAACUAACUGUUUUGAGUUUAUUUGAAUGCUGACGUCAUGGUUUCGCUCUCAGGCUUGAACGACUUCGUGCUGUUAAACGCAAACGUUGCGGCUUUAAUAAUAAUCGCGUUGGCGCUGGUUGCUCUUUAUCAAAAACAGCGGAAUUUAAGAUAUAAAAACAUUCCGCCAGGUCCGAAGCCAUGGCCAGUGGUCGGAAACCUCGGCGGCUUUCUCGUACCCUCUUGUAUCCUCAGGAAACGGAUCAUAAACCCCACUGACGGUCUGGCAGAAUUGGCUAAAGUUUAUGGUAACAUAUUCAGCCUUUUUGUAGGGAGUCAACUUAUCGUGGUGCUCAAUGGCUAUGAAGCGGUCAGGGAUGCCCUCUCAAACCAUCCGGAGGUGUUCUCCGACAGGCCAGACAUCCCUACCGUCACUAUCCUGACUAAACGCAAAGGGAUCGUCUUUGCACCUUACGGGUCAGUAUGGCGAAAGCAGCGCAAGUUCUGCCACACCACACUCCGCAGCUUUGGUCUGGGGAAGCUAAGUCUGGAGCCUUGCAUUAAGGAAGGCCUUGCUACAAUCAAAACAGAGCUGCUGCGGCUGAAUGAGGAGUGUGGUGGCGCUGGUGUGGACCCGAGUCCACUAAUUGGCAACGCUGUGUCAAACGUCAUCUGCACACUGAUCCUGGGUCAGCGCUUCCAUCACGAGGAUCGCGAGUUCCGCACCAUGCUGGACCUGAUGGCGCGAGGACUGGAGAUCUGCAUGAACAGCCCGGCAGUCCUCAUCAACGUUUUCCCGCUGCUCUACUGGUUGCCUUUUGGAGUUUUCAGAGAGUUGCGUCAGGUGGAAAGAGACAUCACCGUGUUUCUUAAGAGGAUUAUUACAAAGCACCGUGCAACACUAGAUGCCGACAAUCCAAGGGAUCUCACAGACAUGUACUUGAUGGAGAUGCUGGCCCAGCAAGAUGCUAGAGAGGAGGACAGCAGCUUCACAGAGGAUUAUCUCUUUUAUAUCAUAGGAGACCUCUUCAUUGCUGGCUCUGACACCACCACCAAUUCGGUUUUGUGGACUCUGCUUUAUAUGGUCAUAUACCCUGAUAUCCAAGACAAGGUCCAUGCAGAGAUUGAUGACGUAGUGGGCAAAGAUCGGGUGCCGUUUCUGACUGAUAAGGGAAGUUUGCCUUUUACUGAAGCCACCAUCAUGGAAGUGCAGAGAAUGACUGUGGCAGUUCCCCUGGCUAUUCCUCACAUGGCCUCACAAACAACAGAGUUUAGAGGCUACACUAUUCCUAAAGGGACUGUCAUUUUGCCCAACCUGUGGUCUGUCCAUAGAGAUCCCACUGUGUGGGAUGAUGCAGACAGUUUUAACCCAGAACGCUUCUUGGACAAUGAGGGAAAGCUGCUCAGGAAAGAGUGCUUCAUACCAUUUGGGAUUGGUCGCAGGGUAUGCAUGGGUGAACAGCUGGCAAAGAUGGAGCUGUUUCUGAUGGUGACCAGCUUACUGCAGGCCUUCAAAUUCAGGCUCCCAGAGGGAAAGCGUCCACCUCCCCUGCACGGACGCUUCGGACUGACACUAGCACCUUGCCCAUUCACUGUGUGCGUGACUGCUCGCAACAGUGAAACUGACGUCCUGCAACAAGGAAACUCUGAUGAAGGACUUCACAAAAAGUAGAAAAUAUUUUGAUCUUAUUCUCCUGGAGAGACCUAAAUAUUUAGGAAGUUUAUAGACAUAUUUUUUAUUAGAGAAGGGUGCUCCUGUUUGACUGAAAUCCCAGAUAAUUUAUUUUUUCAUUACCAUCUGGAUUAUGUGGAUGAUUUAAGCUGUUGCUGAGUGAACAGAAAUUUGAAAAUAACUGAUAUUGAGACUGCAGUGCUAAGUGAUGGCUUAUCUCAUUUAAAAAAAUAUUUAAAUAAGGUCAGUGUUGCGAGAUGACUCUAAUUUUAAACGCCAUAAGAUAAUAACUGUAUUAAUAUUUAUCCUUUUAUUGUAUGAUUUGAUUUGCAUCAUAGAAAUUAGCAAGCAUAAAGCAAUGUGCAAAAGUCUUGAGCCACCCCCCAUUUCAUUAUAUUUUGGCAGGGAAAUGGAUGCAAAGAUUUAAUGAAAGGUGUAAAAAGAAUGUACAUGGAACAGCUGUUUAUAUGUGAUAAUGUAAUAUGUACAAUUCUAGCAUUCUUGAAAGUCAAUAAUUAACAGGACCACAUUUAUUCUUCAACACAGUCUGAACUCUCUUAGGCAGCUUUCUUGUUAUUUCUUUAAGUAGUCUUCACCAGUCUUCUCCAGGCUCCUUGAACGACAUUCAGAGCUCUUCUUUGGAUGUUUUUGCCUUUUGUUCCAUUCUCUGUAAACUUGUACAUCUCUUUUGACAAAAGAGAUGUACGGUGACGGUUUGAACUAAUUAUUUCAAAUUUGUUACCACUGAUUUUCAGUCCAGUUCUGGUGUGAUUUGGCAUACGCGAGCCUAUUUCCUUUGUUUAUAUUUCAUAAGAAUGGCUUCUCAACAACCAGCUUUCCACUGACAACAUUUCUGAUGAGACUAUGGCAAACAGUGGAUGAAAUAUGAUGUGCUGCAUCCAUCUCUCCUGUGUCAGGUCUUAGCUGGAUUUGUUUGCUGUUUCUUAAAAACAUGACUUUCAGAUACUGUUCAUCAGAUGUUUUUUAGACCUGCUGCUUUAUUUGUUUGUCAGUUUGUCCUCAGCGUGUUCAUUUUCCUUAUUUAUUUUUUUUAAAGAAUACACUGCACACCAUGCUACAAUAUA